CUAUUUUCUGGGCAACAGGCAGUGCCUGCUCCUGUUACAGUUGUACCUCCCGUGGGUCCCCCUCGGCCCCAGCACCAGCAUCCCCAGCCUGACUGUUGCCUUCCUCUCUGACCGCUGCCGCCACGCCUCGUGGUCACGCCUGGGGCCGCAGUGCCCGGACCCUGCGGGUGAGGGACAGUCUCCUGGGCACGGGGCUUCAGCAGGGACUUGGUGCUGGAGCGGGGGCCACGGGUGUGGGACCGUGGCUCUCCCUAGGCUGGGCUGGGCCACAGGAGGCUGGCCGGGGCGGGUGGAUUCCUGACUCUGUUUGCUUUGGGAUCCGGUGACGGGGUUGCAUAAAUCCCCAGCAGCUGACGACUGGCCCCAGCACUUGCACCCCGUGGGCCGGCCGGACAGACGGACGGACAGGUGAGGGCAUCUCUCCCUCAGGCCCUGCACCCGGGGCUGCCACCGCCUCUGUGCCCCGGGGGACCAGGUCCUGUCCCCUCCAGCCCAGGGGACUGGGCAUGGUGCCCCCUCACCAUCUCUCCUCUGCUGCUGAUGCUCAGCUCCUGGCCUGGGCCCGGCUGCCCUCACUGCACCCAGCCCAUCGCCCGGUCCCCCCGGACGUGAGAAGAUGGAGCCGGUCACUGGCAUCAGCCUCGGCCUCCUCGGCUGCCUCAUGCUCCACCUGUCACUGGCUGGGGCUCAAGGCGCCGGCUGUCGCCGGGGCUGGGACGAGUCCGAAGGCGGCUGCUACAGGUACUUCCCGCAAAAGCUGAGCUGGACGCGUGCCGAGGCCCAGUGUCGGCGCUUGGGGAAGGGGAGCCACCUCGCCUCCCUCCACGACAAGCAGGAGCACCAAGCUGUCGCCGACCUCGUCAGCCGCCAUCAGCUGCACAGCGACGAGGACGAGGAUGAGGACAGGGACAGGGACGGGGACGGGGACGAGGUCUGGAUCGGACUCUGGCUGCCGGCGGGGGGCUGGGGCUGGCAGUGGACGGACGGCUCUGCCGCAGACUACGAGACCUGGCACAAGGACAGCUCGGAGGACUUGGACUUGGACUCAGACUCAGACUCGGACUCGGACUCGGACUCGGACUCGGACUCGGACUCGGACUCGGACUCGGACGAGGUCUCUCCCAAAAAACAGCUCUGCGUCAUGCUGGAGGAACGCUCAGGUUACCAGACGUGGGGCAGCACCUCCUGCGACGACAGGAACGCGUUUGUCUGCAAACUCACGCCCUAGGGCAGCGCUCGCCUGUGCCACGACGGCUCCCGGGCCCCAGGUUCAGGUGGAUCUGGCCUCUCUUCUUCCCCACGGAGCCGUGUCCUGCCGCCUCAGCCGCCUCGGCUGCCACGUCCCUACUUUGAAUCAAUAAACUUUCC